AUGUUUUGUACGAAGCUUCCUAGGUUUCAAAAUGGUGGUAUGGCAUCACAAAUGAUAUCCAGCUGGAGAUAAACUUUGAAGAUGUACAACAAAGCAAAAUCUAAAGGAUUGGAUCCUCAAGGGAAAGACUAUGAUUCCUCUGGAGCUGACUUUGUUAGAUCAACAAACAUCAAUGAAAGUCGACCAUUGAAAAGAUUUUCACAGCAGCAUUUAGAUGACAUUAAAAUAAACACUUUUGCAGAAAAAAUUCCAAUCCAUCAUAGAAAUCACCAGAAAGCUCUUACACCAACAUCAACAUACAGUACAGGUCACCAUCACUCACAACAGUAUCAUGAAGAAGAAGAAAUUGGACCAUUUCCUGUUAGAGAAAAUAGUGCAUCAGGUCAAGGACAAGCAAAACUUAAAUCUGUCAAAAUGACAGCCAUUCUUCCUGGAGAUCGUGUUAUAUUUUCUGAGAAUCCUUCAAUUCCUGGAGUUCCUGUAGUAUAUAGAACACUUGAAGAAAGGGCAUCCAACCCAGACAGAUUAAAUUUAGACAGGAGAAAGCUUACCAUGUGUCCUAUUUUAGAAGGAGAAGAACAGCUGAGGCUACUGAACUAUCAACAUAAUUUGAUCACUCACAUGCAGAACUUAUCUUCUCUGAAACGUCUGAUAUUUCUUGAUCUGUAUGACAAUCACAUUGAAGAAAUAACAGGAUUGUCUUCUCUUAGGUCUCUCAGGGUACUGAUGUUGGGUAAAAACAGAAUUAAAAAGAUAGAAAAUCUGGACUCCUUGAUAAAGUUGGAUGUCUUAGACUUACAUGGGAAUCAGAUCACAAAGAUUGAAAACUUAAGACACCUGACAGAAUUACGAGUUUUGAAUCUAGCUGGAAACAAUAUAGGUUAUGUUGAUGAACUGGCUGGAUUAGAUUCACUGGCAGAAUUGAAUCUCAGACGAAAUAGAAUUCGAGCUGUGACUGAAAUUGAUUUACUGCCUAAUUUACAGCGACUGUUUUUAAGUUUCAAUGAUAUCACUAGUUUUGAAGAUGUUCAAUGUCUGGGAGAGUCAUCAAGCCUUUCUGAAAUUUCUUUUGAUGGUAAUCCUAUAGCACAAGAUGGCAACUACAAGCAAAUCAUUCUAAGACAUAUGCACCAAAUAAAACUUUUGGAUAUGAAAAGAGUGACUGAAGAUGAGAGAAGGCAGGCUCUUGUUCUGGUCAAGAAAGAUGAAGAAAAAAGAAGAGAGAUGAACAAGAUAGCAAUGCUCAAAGAAAAGCGCAGACUUGCAAUAAACAAUGCCAAGAGACAGUGGGAAACAAUGCAAGGUUCUAUGAUGUCCAGAACAUCUCGACUUGCUAAACUCAAUGGAUCAAUGCCCGAACUCUUUGCCAGCCAUCUGGGUUCCAUCCCUAGCAUGGACGUGUCCGGUUCCACUACUGCUGACCCAGAUGGCUUGGACAUAGAAUCAUUGACCAGUGGUGAACUAGGCAGCAGACCAGGUAGUGCACAUAGUAAUCUAUUUGAAGCAUCACACGAGAGCUCAAGAAAUACAAAUGUCAAGAGGUUUCAGCCAAGAGAUACAAACAAAGAAUCAAACUCAAAUCAGAAUACAAUAAUAGACGAAGGAUUGAAUAUGCUGGAGCUAAUAGAAGGUGACACUCUAUCGUUGUAUGGGAUUCAAUCAUUGGAUGCCUUUGAAAGAAACUGGGGCUAUCAGUCAGCUGGAGCAGUCAACACAAUAGUCUUCAAGUUCAUUGAUUUUGAUGCUAUUGUCAAAUAUUUGCCAAAAAUUCGAGUUCGUUUCCCAGCCACACAGUCAUUAGUGUUCUGCUCGACCAACAUCCACAGCCUGCAGCAAAUCAAUGCUCUCUCAUUGGUCCGCAGACUUGAUAAUCUGACCAUUGACUUGGACGGAAACCCUGUGACCAAGUUUACAUUAUGGAGAAUGUACACUGUCUUCAGAUUGGCUCAGUUUGCACUUAAAAAAAUUAAUGACAUUGAGGUUUCCUCUGCGGAUAUUGUCAAUGCAGAGAAAUUAUUUGGCCUACUCUCUCAAAUGGCCUCAAACAUGCCACAAUACCGUCUUCAUGUUCUGACAGCAGAGGCCCAGAGAAAGAUUACUUCUGAGAAUAAGAAAGUGAAUGAAACAGGCAAAGGAAACCUGGACAAAAGUCACAUGGAAAUGAUUGGUAGAGCUGGAUUAGUAUACACAGUAACAGAUGCUAAACAGGAAUUAGAGGCCAAGAAAAAGUUUGCUCACAAUUUUGUGAGUGAAAUAUCAAAGGAAUCUUUAUUCAAUGAAAGGAAAAGGACUGAGUUAUUAAAGAUUUGGCCUUACAUAAUAACAGAGAUGGUACAGAAUGUCUUAUCAGAUCUCAAGUCAAUGGAGACAUACAUGAAAUGUUCAUUAGAGGAAGUUGAAAGAAGUUGAACAAAUGUUGAUCUAGUGAUGAAAUACACAAAGUUGAAAGAAGUUGAAACAAAAUUUGAUCUAGUGAUGAAAUACACAAAGUUGAAAGAAGUUGAAACAAAAUUUGAUCUAGUGAUGAAAUACACAAGUUGAAAUUCUUGUCAAGUGUUAACAUAGUUGUGUUCAUUAUUCAUUGCAUUAAAGUUAAGAUCAGUUUUUUUAAAAAUCCUAAUGAUUUUCACAUUCUGAAUAGAAACAAAUAAGACUUUGCUAAUUGAGUUUGUGAAAAGUCACUUUAACCUGAUGUCAUUUUUCUUUCAUGUCAAUUGUUGUCAUUAAGUGAUGGGAAUGUCUCAUAUUAAGGAAUGUUUUUAUUUUAAAAAAAUGUUUAUGUUUACUUGCAAGACUAAAUAAAUAACUUCAUCAAAA